AUGGUUAUAACAAUUGCAUACCAUGAUAAGCCAAAUGAAAUCCUCCACAGCUUUUCAAAAGUAGGUGAUAGUGUUUGUAUUGGUCGGGACAAGCGCCACUGUAAGAUUGCGCUUGGAGUCAAUGCGCAAGGAGUAAGUCGGAUUCAUCUGAAGCUUGAGCUGCUGUCAAAUGGUCGUUUACUUGCCCGAGACACAAGUACUUACGGUACUGGUUACGAUGGUGGCCCAUUUGUGGUAGAAAGAGAAAAAGAGUUGAAAUCAUCCGCUGUUCUACAAAUCGGGAGUUUCUUUUUCGUUAUCAAGGAGAGCGUCAGGGAGAAGUGUAAAGAAGAAGCGAUUGCAAACCCAUUUCUGAGGAUUGCAAGAAUUAAUUCACGGAAGAGAUUAGCGUCAAACAAACCAACAGUAGUGGAGGAGGAAUGUGUCACUGAAAAGAGGCAGAUGAUGGACAGUGUUAUGGUUCAGAAGUUGGCUGCUGGGGUGAACGAUUCAGAAAGAGAAGUUGCUAAAAACAGAAAGAUGCAGGACGGACUUGAUGCGCAUACAAACUCAGGGUUAAAUACAGAUGAGACUUGGAUACAAGAACAGGAUAAAAAAUUGGUUGCAAAACUGGGAAAGGAAGUGAAAGAGGAAAUGGAUAGUGCAAAACUCGCUUAUUACCGAAGAAUUGCUGAUUUUCUACCUUCGGAUGACGAAAAUGAUCAAGGAAGUGGACAAAACAAGUCAAGAAUAUCUGUGUUCACUAUGGCUGAUUGCUCACGAGACGUAGGUUCUGUUACAAAGGUGUCACUGGAAUAUGAUUCAAGUAACAGGAGCACUGGAGACAUAGUUCAGAGCACACAUUUUCCAACUGCAGACAUUUCACCCUCCUCGAAAAGGACACGAUACAGUAAUACGUCAGAGAAAGCUGAUGGACUGUUUAAAGAACUUACAUCAAUGAAAAUUAUACCUGGAAGUGAUUCUAUACGUAAAAGGAAUGGAAUACUGGAUGACAUUGAUACAGAAAAGUCGUCCAAAUCCAUAUUCAGCAGCGCUCAGUUUUUAUCUUCUCGAGAGAAACUUAAAAAAAGUGUAAAUGAAAUGUCAGCAAUUGAAAAGAAUAAUACCGCAAUUUCCCAUACUGGACAAUUCAAAUUUUUGGAAUCUGAAGACGUGAGUAAGAAAUUUUGCGAUCUUCCAUUCAAAACGGUGCUGAAGAAAAAAAAUGGAAAACCUCCGAAGGUUAUUAGUAGACAAAAUACUAUUACUACUGGGUUAACUUCCUGGCUCGGUCUGAAUAUUGUCAAGAAACGAAGCAAUCAGUUCGGAAAUCAAAGUAAUACGGAUAAAACGGUGAUAGCCUCUAAACGGAUGAAGAUAGAAGUAGUGGAAGAUGGAAACAAAAAAAAAGAAUCGGAGAAAAAUUUAAGCUCAAUCGAAAAUGGAACAGAGUGUGAAGUAAAUAUUGGUGAAAAUGAUCAAACCCUUGGGAUGAAUGUUGAAGUUUUGCGUAUGAAAUUGAACAAAGCAGUGCAAUAUGAAAAUCUGGAGAGGCCAAUUCUGGCGAAAGAUAGAUCAGAGUCUUACUUGACCGGUUAUUGGCAAGAAUCCAAUUACAAGCUUUUUAAAAAAGCUGCUCAAGGAUCACACGGUGGCUGUGGAUUAUUACAUUCUCCGAUGACGCGAGUUGUGGAUGUCGCUGAUCUAAUUGAUUUCGAAGAAAUUGCUUAA